GCAUCGAUCAGGGUCAGAUGACAUAUGAUGGCCAACACUGGCAUGCUACAGAGACCUGCUUUUGCUGUGCCCAAUGUAAGAAAUCUCUGCUUGGCCGACCAUUCUUGCCGAAGCAAGGGCAGAUUUUUUGCUCCAGAGCGUGCAGCAUGGGAGAUGAUCCAAAUGGUUCAGAUUCAUCAGACUCUGCAUUCCAAAGUGCCAGAGCCAAGGAAUCACGGCGCAGUGCUAAGAUUGGAAAGAACAGGAACAAAGGAGAAGAGAAUGCUGGCAGCCAGAGUAAUCAAUUGCAGGUGACCUCCAGUAGGUUGUCUGCAGAUGUGGACCCUCUCUCCUUGCAGAUGGACCUGCUGAGUUUGUCCAGCCAAACUCCUAGUUUAAACAGGGACCAUGUAUGGAGAAGCAGAGAUGAACUCUACCACUAUGGGAACAAAAUGGAGCAAAGUCCAUCACAAAGCCCUUUGCAGCUGCUCAGUCAAUGCAAUGUCAGGACUUCCUACAACCCAGCACAGAGUCCAGGUCCUCAGCAAGAACUAUGGGGUAAACAUUUCAGCAACCCAAAGAGAAGCUCCUCUCUAGCCAUGAAAGGACAUGGUAGCAGUUUCAUCCAGGAAUGCCGAGAAGAUUAUUACUCAGGAAGGCUACGAUCGCAGGAGAGUUACAGUGACAUGUCCAACCAGAGUUUUAGUGAAACCAGAGGGAGUUACAAGGUCUCCAAGUAUGACCAAGAAGAAGACAGCAGCAUGGCAGAACAGCAUUGCCGGACCAGGCAUCCACUCAGUGGAUUGAAAUUCACUGAAGAAUUGACACGCACAGAACAAACUCCUCGGGGUUCAAUGGAGUCCCUUGCUCUUUCCAAUGCAACAGGUCUGUCUGCAGAUGGUGGUGCCAAACGACAAGAGCAUCUGUCCCGAUUCUCCAUGCCUGAUCUAAGCAAAGAUUCUGGAAUGAAUGUCUCAGAGAAGAUGAGUAACAUGGGAACCCUGAAUUCUUCUGUACAGUUUAGAAGUGCUGAGUCUGUCCGCAGCCUAAUUUCUGUUCAACAGUACCAAGAUGUAGAAGCCAACCUACACAAUCUUGCCAAUCCCAUUGGAUACAGGGACACAUCAUCUCAUGGAAGGAUGCAUCAGAGCUUUGAUUAUGAAGGUGGUAUGGCAGGUAACAAAUUGGCUGGACAAGAGAAUAUCAGGCAUCCCCCAAUGAGCGAACGCACGCCCAGACGAACUAACAUCCGAGAUGAUGAUCGGCGUUACCGCCCCCACAGGCCCCGACGGUCAAGGCGCUCUCGCUCAGAUAAUGCUCUUCACCUCACUAGUGAACAGAACUAUAAGUUGAAAGAGAGGCCCUCUCUACGAGCCAGAGAGGACUAUGACCAGUUUUUGCAGCAAAGAAGUUGCAGGGAGACCAUGGAGCAGAACACACGGAGAAACCUGUAUGGUCAGUGUCCAAGGACUGUAUCAGACCUGGCUUUGCAAAACCACUUUGGCGAGAGAUGGGGACCCUACUUUGCUGAAUAUGACUGGUGUUCCACGUGCUCCUCCUCCUCUGAAUCUGACAAUGAAGGCUACUUCCUGGGAGAACCAAUUCCGCAACCAAGCCGACUCCAGUAUGUCACUAGUGAAGAGCUUCUUCACAAAUACGGCUCAUACAGCAUGCCUAAGUCUUCUACACUGGGUGGUCGAGGACAGUUACACAGCCGAAAAAGGCAAAAGAGUAAAAACUGUAUCAUAGCAUAGCCACAUUGCCCAAGCACAGUGUUGGAGAAUGUAAUUAUUUCAUCAACUUGCACUGCUGUAGGUUUUCAAGCGCUUUUUAUUGUAACGAAACAUCCAGGCAAGCAGGGAGCUGUUAGGAGAAGGUCAUAGACAAAAGGUCUAUAAAUAGUCAUAAUUGUUGGCAUGGUGAAUAUAUUUUGCACAUUUUAUUUGGGGGAGGAAGGGAGGGAGGGGGAAAAUUUAUUUUAGCAUGUUAUAGUUACAAAUUUACCUCCUUCCCACAAGUAACUGCCAUCCAUUUAAUACCCCGUUCACCCAUAUGUUUUUAGUUGACAUUGUUUUCUGUAAUGAGCAGUUAGCUACUAGUUUAAUCUCUCCUCUUUUUUUCCUUUGGCUUUUUAUUUUCACCACCUGUUUGGGGGGCCAUUUUUCCACCAGAUUGCAAAGAAGAUCCCAUAUUCGUUCAGUAAAUGAGAGUUUGGAGAAAAUAUUUUUGUAUUUGGUAAUGUCAGAGGAAUGUCCUUCUCCUAGGAGUCACUGGGACCUCUGUCAUGCUUUGGCCAGAGCUAGACAAAAAUUGCUUCAGAACCCUUCAUCUUUUUGCCAUCACAUUCCUUCAGGAUCAGCAAAACUUUAUCUUCUCUACCUGCUUAAAACUGAAAAGUAUGUCAUCUUUUUUCUAAAGAAUUCAUGAAUUCUCAGGCUUGCAGGCUACUUUAAAAGGUUAUUGACACCUUCAUAUUAGGUUAUAGGUGCCAUAUCACAAACACAAAAUAGGAAAUUAUGGUUGUUGGGGCUUUUUUUCCCCCUUUUUUAAAGAGAAGAAUACAGACACAUGUACACAUACAAUUAAGUGUAAAAGUUAAAGGACCCAGAUCUGAGAAGGAAGUUUACAUCUCUUUAGAGAGGGGAAAGUCACUAAAAUUUCAACUUCUUUUGGGAGGGUUAAACCAAAAGAAUUGUAAAUGGUUCUGUAGUGUCAGCAUGAACUUGUUUUGAGUAUAGAAUUGUUUUCUGGUGCUCUGGUUUCCUGGCAUUUGUUAACUGCUGUUCAUUGCCAAGAGGUAUCUUUUUCUGAAAUUCAUAAUAAAAUGAAUACAUCCUGAUCAUAUUAGCACUCUACCCCUGGGUGAUGAACACUUCAAGCCCAUCAUGAAGGCUGUUUGAAGGACCAAUACUCAGGGUAGAAUGGACUUCAUUCUUUGGAAGUAGAAGAACACAAAAAUAGCUUCAACAUGGGUAGUUAUAUAUAUAGGGCUCAAAAUGUAUUGUGUGCUAUGGUGGAUGUGAGGUUUCUCUCUCUCUCACUCUCUUUCUCUCUCUUUGUGCUUUAAAUAAUUGGGAGACUGACAUCAAGAUGUGUUCUUUAUUGUUUCUAGACAAUACAGUCAGAAAGAAGGAAAUACUUUUCUGUUAUUGUAUAUUUUAUUAUAGGGUUGUAAAACGGGUUUCAUUAGAUUCCCAGGUAGGUCAGAUCUGGACAACUGACAAUACCUGUGUGUGGGUUCUCCAGAGAAUGUAAGGACUCUGUUAAUACAAAAGUCUAUUGAAUAGAUGGCAAAAUACAAACUGAGGGUGAGUGGGACUUUCCAAAGCAGGUGUGAGGGUCCCAGGCUCUUCAGCUGGACUUCAGAAGCAGAGGGCUUGGGCCCAGUCCUCCUGCCCUGUUGCAGUAUUAUUCCAACCAUGAGGGACAGUCAAGACUGUGAUUUGAAACACGAUGACUGGGAAGGGAAUCUCAGAUGAUGAUGUAUCCGUAACACAGCUAGGAAUCUUUUGUUGUGUGCAAGGAGAAUGUGAUGAUGAUUUUUCCCCAAAAAAAUAAAAAAGAAGGAAAAAGAAAAGAG